GGCUGCUUCUUCAAUCUGACACUUCCAGCUCAACAAACCGCCCCCUUUUUUUUUCCCAUCUAGCUCCAGCGACAGCAACUUGAUCUUCAACCUCAAAACAUUUUGCUCCACCGUCACCCCAACCCCCACCCCCUCUUUCUCUCCUAACCCAAUCUCAGCACCACUUUCCAUAAACCUGCACCAGAAAAAAAAACAAAUACAUUCUUUCCUUUAAAAAAAACCUCAACCGCCCCGACCAUGGCGAACGCCCUGAGAGUUGUCUUCCUUUGCGCCACUUUUACCCUGUUGACAGGACGAGUUUUAGGCGAUGAUUACUUUGACUUGCUUGAUGCCCUUUCUGAUGAUGUCACCACAAAGCCACCUCCUGCAAAACCUCGCAAUCCCUCAGGUGGGAUAGACACAGGGGACUUUGAUUAUUCAGAUUUACUUGACUUUGACACUCCCUCAGAUAAACAAACUACCACCAAAGCCCCCCGAAGAACAACAACCACUAAAGCACCAAAGAAAGCAAUAGGUGAUGAUGAUUUUAGCUUAUGGGAUUUGAUUCAAACUACUUCGUCUCCUCGUAAAACCACAAAGUCACCCAAAACCACCAAAAAACCACAAAAGAAGGGAAACUCGGACCCAAAUGACUUUGACUUGUUGGAUGCUGUUGAUGACAGUAAUGACAACCGUGGCAAGGGAGGUAAAGGUGACUCAGAUCACCCUUCUGUUCCAGGCUCCAAAGGGAAUGACAAACCAAAAGGAGGUAAACAAAUGGGUGCCUCUGACAUUUCAGAUAAAGACCUUGAAGAUCUGUUGGAUGAUGGGAGCUAUAAACCAGAUAAGAAAAAGUCAGGUGACAACGUACCCUCUGAUGACCAGGAUCAAGUGGCUAUACCUGAAACAACAAUAGCUGGAAUCGCCAGUGCUGUGGCUGCUGCUUUGCUGGGUGCAGUGUCCAGUUACAUUGCCUACCAGAAGAAGCAAUUAUGUUUUAAAAUGCAAGGGAGCCUUAAUCAACAAUACGUCAAAGGAGAAAAUGCUGAGGCAGGAGCAAUGACUGAGCCUCAAGGGUUCGUCUGAACACUGCUCAUUCAACCUAUGAAGAAUCUCUCCAUGUUUGUUGGAAGUUUCUCUCACCCUCUGGUCACCUUCAGGUCCUGGAAUCUCCUUUGCACGUUCAUGCUCCUUUUUAUUUUCAAGCUCAUGAUCAUCAAUAUUUUCUGCUUUCUUCCUUUUCCAUUAGAUUUUGGUUGGUUUGACUUUCUUGUUACAUGUGUUUGUUAUGUGCAUCUCGAGGCUGCCUCGAGUAACACCCCCUCCCUUUACUCUAUAAGUGUUGAUUUGGUGCAGUUUUUCCUAUUGACUCCCCUUACUCGCUCCUGUCACGUUUGGCCAGCUCUGUCAAAGAGUGAAAACCUUGCUCCGGCUGGUAUUCGUUGUGGCACAGUUUCAUUAUAAACAGGUCCAGUCUUGCUUGUAUCCUGGACAGUAAUUCCUCAUUUCCCCACAUCUAUUCCUUGGAGUUGAUUACUCCUUUCCUAUCACCAUAGCCAUUUGUUCAGUCAAGAGAACUGAUGAUCAGAACUUCUCUACAACUGGAAUCCUAAUUCUGCUCCAGUUGGCUUAAAGAAUUUGGAGUGUGCUAGUGUCUUCAAAGAUUACUUUGAACUUAGAAGGGUGCAUCACCACAGAAAAUAGGAGGAGGAAGGUUCUGGUAUAAAAUGCACAGGAUUUACUCAAGACAGUGGAGCUGGGAGUUCUUGAGUUAAGGUCUCCCAUAACUAGCAAUUAUAACUGAGCCCUGGAUGAAUGUUGGCAUGCCAAUACAGUGUAUAGCCCAGCAAUCUACACUGCUAUUUUAUCUAGACUCUUCUCGGUAAAAUCGAGGUUGAGUAGGUGGAUACAGUGUGCAUAAGCGAGGACAGAUACUUGUGCACUGUAGCAGCAGUUUGGCAAAACAAAUGUACUAAUUACUUGGGUGGCACUGAAGAAGGAGAAUCAAUGUCAAAAUCGGGGAGAGGGGGAGCAAGGAAUUUACACAGGACUGGCACAUGGAAAAUAUGUUUGCAGAACAAAACUGGGUGUGCAUGUGGUUCCAGUGUCAUCACAGAUUGCGUCAGGGGGAAAGGAUCCUAAAAGGUUUUGAAGUGAUUUAGACCUAAAUCAGCAAACACAUCUGAAUUGAGAAGCAGUCACAGUAGGCUGACUAGUUAGCAGAGGAACUUAAAUGGCACAUGUCAAAGUUCCAGACAACAUUCUCUGACCUUACUGAACCUUUAUAGUGUUACUUGGUGAGAUUGCUAUGACUGGCACAAUCAAAGUGUGAUCCAGUAUAAACAGAAUGUCAGCAGCACUCCCUACGUUGGGCUCAAGGAAUGAACAAAGUGGCAAAAGCUUUGCUGCUGAUCCAGACUAUGUCUGUCACAGCUAUUGCUUGACUAUACCGUGGGCUCUGUGGAGGGGAGUCUGCUGACUUUGUUUAUAUUUCUGGAUUCUCAACGGCCUUGGUAAUAUGCACUGCCUGCUUGUCCUGUUUAAAAUGAUCUAUGUCUAUGUUUUCUUCCUGACAUCUAUCACGGCGGUUUGGCUGAAUCUUCAUGCAGUUGAACGGAGCCUCCUGCAAACACAAUCAGAGAAGCCCUCUGCAGACAACGCCAAUCAGAUCUAGAUGGGAACACUGCCAAACACAGCCUUUGCCUUGACACCAACUUCUGCUUAAAAUGGCUUCUUUAAAUUUUAUUUAAAACAAAAUGGUUGCGUAACAGAAAGUGAUUCCUUAGAACGUUAGAUUGGCUCUUUAAGUAUGUAUUCAACUAGGUAUGGUGCAGUGGUUAGAGUAGGUACAGUACACUGGUUCAAUGUUGGCUUAGGUCCUGCAUAAAAGUAAAGGACAAAAUGAAAGUAUUUGGCUUGGAUAUAAGCAAUUUAUCAGAAGUCGUUGCUUGGACUAAGCAUGUAGUUUAGAGAUUUCUUUAUGGUGCUUUUAGAAAAAAUGAAGUUUAAUGGUUAAUGGUGUGGGGGGGUGGUGGUGGGGAGUGUGGGUACAUUGGGUACUGUUCUGGCGAACAGCCAUGGAUUGGUUCCGUUCAUAUCAAAGAUGGGGUUGCAGAAUUAAGAACGUGAUGCAUUUGUUUCAGACAGCAUUGUCCUUCCUCUGCAAUCCAUUCUCUACCCUUUGGAAAUGCAAACUAGGAUGUUUUUUUACAAAAAUAUCUGCAAUUGAAUAAAAAAAACACCCUGCUAUUUAGCUCAUGCAGUGGGUGCUAAAAAUUCUGGAGAAAGGUAAAGCAUAUCCAGGGAUUUGAAAUUCCUCAACAUAGUCAUUGUGGCCCUGGAAGAGUUGAAUACAGUAUUCCUAUUUUUAAGAUUCAAAUUCUUGCCAUCAUCUCAGAUAUUCAGAUUAAGCCACCCUGUCCACUGGACUCGGAACUUUGUUAAAAGGGAGGUAGGGGAGGGGAAAUGAAAAUCGUUCCCUAAAUUGUUAGCAUUAGGCAGCAGAAACUUUACACCUGCCUGUUCAUUUGCACAACAUUAUUUCAGAUUUAACACACCUGGGGUUGUGCACAUCUAGAAGCGGUUAGUGCAUGAAUGCAGUUAACUUGUGUACAUAAUUUUUUUUAAAAAAAAAUUGCAAUCAGCAUUUAACCAGAACCCUCCUAUACUGGUUGAACACCUUGCCUUGAUCUGUGCCUGUCUCCUGAGCUCUGAAAUAUCAAUAGACUUUCAUAAGCGAAGGACAUGAACCACUAUAAACGGUACGAACGCAGUCAAAGUAUUUAUCACGUACACAGUCUUGUGGCUCCUAGUCUGUGCCCCUUGCGUUUGGUUAGAGACAGAGCAAUCUGAAUUAGAAAUCGGUUCUGGUGCAUUUUCCUUUAAGUGCUGCGCUUGCUUCUUGUUACACCGCAGUCGUGACACUUCAGCACGUCUCUGAUUCCUUUUUAACAUUGCCAUGGGCUAACUUUAUACAUAUAAAAAGAAACAGCUAGUCACCGAUCCCUUGUUUGAAAUAUAGAGUAGUUCCAACUGCACUUUGACCCCAGCAAUAUCUAAGCGGUCACAAUUACCUGAGAUCCCAAUUUAAGAGCAGUAGCCUCACGGGGAUAGACCAGGUUGGCAACUGGAACUAUACAGCUGUGCUCCAAAACUAGGACUUCCCCCAUCAGCAACACGAGGAAGAGCCCCAGUUAAGUUUGAUGCCUUGGCUCCGUAAAAUGGUGAUUUUAGCGUUUAAAAGGUGACCUUUGUUUCCACGACAUAUCCUUAGAUAAACUUUAGCGUUUAAAAUGGCCCUUCUGUAAAAUUAGAUAAUGUAAGCUAGCAUGUUCUCCGUAAAACCGUAACUCGCCACUAAUUAAAGCAGAGAAUUAAAAUAAAUUUCCAGCUGUCGCAUGGACAGCAUCUGUUUCAGAUUUUCCAGUCGAAAUACUGGAAUACGUAAGUACUUACUGAUUGCAUCGACUGCGUUAUGCUUGUUGCUGGCUCCGUGAUUAUAGCAACAAGCAGUUACAGGAACGAUGUUCGUGUAUCAGCUGCUUCACCAGCUCAUUUUCAGCCUUGUACGGCUACAGACUGUCGCUAGCAUAGAGCUCCGCUCACUGCAGGGAGAUAGUGCCUUGGAGUGGACUGAAUACCAAGUGUGCAAACUCCUCAAGGGUGAAACUUGGCUGCAAAUAGGGUAACACUUCAACAAUUAUUUAUCAACUGUUUGCUAUGCUUAAACAGUGCCUAAAAAAAUGUGUGCCAUAUCGGCUUUUAACUUGUUUGGAUGACGCUUGCCAAUUUUAAACAAGGUACUAGGUGCUUUAUUUCAAAAGGGGGCAGCACUUCGUUGAAAAUAGUAAUAAGUAAAAUGACAUUUAUUUAACUCUUGAAAAUGGCCUGUAAUGUCCCACACAUCUCCAGUUAGUCCCGAGCCUUAGCCGCUGAGAUUAACUCCAGGAUUGCUCCCAAACUGGUGGUUGAUUGUGGACUGGCAAAUGUAAAUUGGCGAAUAGAGCCUUGAGGGGUCAUGUAAUAACUACCAAUCGCUCAGUGCUGGAAUGUAACUCUUUUGAGUCAAACCAAAUAAACUAAAUUAACAAAUCAGGGAACAAAUGAAAAGGCAGCCCCUUAAAGGGAAACUGCAAAAACAAAAAGACAAAAUUUAAAGGAAACUUAAACGUUAAAGCAAAAUGUGAUCAAAGGGGUCAAUAAAACACCUCAGUCCCUGCAGGGCCCUUGAACUUCAUAUGAGAUUAAUGACAGUCACCAUUGCAAUGGGAAAAACUUUGUAUUUAUAUAGCAUCUUUCACAUCCUCAGUGUGUGCCCAAGCACUUCAAUGUAAACAUUUGCAGAAUCUUGAAAGAUGGUUUCCCUUUCCAACCUGCUUCCCAUUCCUUCCUGCAAUUUAAUUUUGUGUAUAAUUAUCAGUCCCCCGUAUCUCACCCCAGUAAAAAUUACUAGUAUUAUUGAUUUAAGUGAGUGGAGGGAGAUUAGUCCGUCGGAGGCUAAAUUGCAGCUAAACCCAAAUACGAGGCUCACACAAUAUUUGCAUACACAUACAUCACUGGGUAAUCGUCAGGAGUGCGAACCCUUGGAUUCUGCCCUCUUCCCCAGUAGCACUGAGACCGAUUGCAGUGUUCCUACUGUCACACACGUAUGUGCGGAAAUGACUAUGGGUCUCUUGCUAUAACUUAAGCAGAAGGUUAGCCAAAGCCACUGAGAAUAUUUUUUUAAAGGCCAUUUACUUCAGGAUUUCUGCCAAAGUGAUCAGGAAAAUCCUGCGGAUGCAAAUUACUUUAUUCAAGACCUGAGCCGUUACCUAACCAGCACAAUUUCAAGUGCAUUUUGGAUGCACCAGUCCGAUUCUGACCAAAGCGGCAACUUCAAAGCCCUCGUGAUUCGCAACUCGGACCCUCCCGCUCUCCGCUCAAUUGCAAUCCAAUUCCACAAUUGCCACUAAUUGACCCAUUAAGUGUCCAAAUUGGCUGCCCCAUGGCCGGGCGAUUGACAUUCAUCCUCCGGGAAAAGGACAGAGGCAGGACAAUGUCGUGGAGCCAGCCUAACUGUAGUCCUUGUUUUCUGCCACCUACUCCCCCCACCCCCCAAGUCACCUCUGUAAUUGAACCCAGUGAGCGUGCAUGUGACUAAUGAAGUGUUUCUGAAUGUGUGUGUGUAUAGGUACAGGUCGUUCUGUAUGUGAAAAUUUUACUAUAAUUAAUCUUAAAAUGUAAUAGGUAAUUGAGGGAAAACUCGCAUAAUUUGUAUAUAUUCAUUAUAUGUUUAUUAUGCACGUUAAAGACAUGUUCUUAGUUUUAGUUUGCUGAUAAGCGAGUCAGACAUUCAGCUAGCUGGUGGUUGAGACAGAUCUCCCAGGAAAGGUACUUGCAGCCAUUCGCAUGAUUUACAAUUCACAUGCAGAGGUCACACUUUCAAGUGUAUUAUUUACUCAGCACCCCACCCACCACCCUCAAAAAUAGGUUUUGGAAUUUUCAAAACAAUAUCCAUUGGAUUCUGUACUGCCGUAUUCAAAAUGUACUCACGUGUACAUGUGUUUCCACGUCUUCGGGCCUGAUCGUUUGCAAUGAUUUAUGUCCGUUUUGAAUGAGUAUGACCUAAUGAGAUUGGGAGGUGUACAGUCCUGGGCACCACAUAUUGGAAGGAUGUGAACGCAUUAGAGAGAGUGCAGAAGAGGUUUACAAGAAUGGUUCCAGGGAUGAGAAACUUCAGCUAUGAGGAUAGGUUGGAGAGGUUGGGACUGUUCUCCUGGGAGAGAAGGCAGCUAAGAGGAGAUUUCAAACUCAUGAGGGGGCUGCACAGGGUAGAUAGAGAGAAACUGUUCCUGCUCAUAAAAGGAUCAAGAACGAGAGGGCAGAAAUUUAAAGUGGUUUGCAAAAGAAGCGAGUGGUUCGGGUCUGGAAUGCAUCGCCUGGAAAUGUGUUGGAGGCUGGUUCAAUCGAGGCAUUCAAGAUGGCAGAUUUUUUUGAAUAGAAAUAACGUGCAAAGGUUACGGGGAAAAGGCAGGAGAAUGGCACUGAGUCACAAUGCUCAUUCGAGAGCCAGUGCAGACAUGAUGGGCUGAAUGGCUUCCUUCCACACCGUAACAAUUCUUUGAUUGUGUGGAUAUUUAAGUGCAAUUUGACAUCAGGAAAAUAGGCCCAAUUUGGGGUGCAACUUUUAGGUUGUGCCCAAGGUAGAGAUUCCAGUCCAGGCCCAUCACCACAAUGAUGUGUGAUGGUGUAACUAGGAAUCCUUCAACACGCCUCACUCUCCUCAAUCCGUGCACUCCCCCAAUUUUAGCCUCUCGCAGAUCACUGAUUUUCAUAACUCCACCAUCGGCAGCUAUGCCUUCAGCUGUCUAGAACCUAAUCUCUGGAAUUUGCUCCCUAAACCUCACUGCUUCACUCUCUCUCUCCUUUAGGACGCUCCUUAAAACUUAACUUUUGACAAAGCUUUGGUCAUCUGUCUUAAUAACUUAUGGUUUGGUGCAAAUUUUGUUUUGAUAACACUUUUGUGAAGUGUCAUGAGGCAUUUUAUUACAUUAAAGGAACCAUGUUGAUAUUGUGUACAGAAUACUAGGCUUGAACAUGCACAAAUUCCUAAUAACCAAAUUUCAUGGACAGUACUAAACAUUGGGGUCUUUUCAGAAUCAUCAUCAGUGGAGUAUGGAAAAGCAAACACACACAUGAGCAAAAGCCUAAAAUGGGAUGCAAGUCAAAUACAAUGAAAAGAAAAAUCUGUGAUGCAGCUGGUACCUGGCUCAAGUUUAAUUUGAAACUUUUCCGCACUGUUUAUUCUUUCUUGAUGUGGAUUUUAACUAUGAAAACAGCAUCUUACAAUGAAAUGUGCACGCUAUGUGCCAAGGUGUUUUUAUGUUGACAUAUUUAGACUGCAGUUUCAACUAGCUCCGCUGCUGUGUCAAAUCAGUUAUGAUUAUUUGUCACCCUUAUAGUUAACUGAAUCUGAAUUACAUCAGCAGCAAUGCAAAGCUAAAUCCAUCAGGAUAGCCAGGCUUGAAUGUUGGAGGUUUUAUGCAGUGUCAGCUCAUGGGUGAAACUAUGAUUCAUCUCUUAUAAAUUUAUUAUUGCUGUCUACUGUGUAAGUUGCAGUGGAAUGGGUCAAGAGCAAUGCCUGACUAUAUAAAAGAGACACACAUAUCAUGUGGUCUGAUGUACAAAGGUGCAAUUUUCAGAACAUACAGUAAGAAACAAUGUGUGUCUGGUGAAUGCAGCAAGAUUUUUGAAUAAAUGGCUAUUCAACUAUUUAAUGAAUAUGGGAGAGAGAAAAAUAAACACUGCAUAAAUAUUUCCAAGGGUUUAAUGAUUUUUUCCCGCAGGCUAAUGCAAUAAAUGCAGUAUAGACAAGAUGCUAACAAACCAGUUCCAGAUUUGUCCUUUCUAAUGGAUGAUGGCAUCUUUAAAUUUUGGUUAGAACACAGCUGUCUUAAGCAAUUUCAGCUGAAAUGUGACUUCAUAAAUCAUGUUGAACAACAAAAUCUACCACAGUCGAUGUAACUUUGUACCUCAGUGACUCAAUAAUUGAAUUGUAACCAAAUUGAAAGCACUGAAUAAACUUGUACAUUAA